CCUUCUUCUCUCCACUCAACGACUAUGGCCAACUUUGCGGAAUUACCCAGCGAGAUACUCGACUCCAUCGUCUUUGGAGGCCUCGACGAGUGGGCAGAGGAGAUGGAACUGACGCGGGUGCCGCCGCUCCACUACGCCCGCAAGCUCGAUGACGAGCUGCGGUGGAUCGCCAAUCUCACGCAGGUCAACCGGCGGCUGCGACGGCAUUUUCUGGCCCGACUCUGGCACAGGGUAGACCUGUUCCACGUCAAGGAUCUGUACCUCGUCGACAAGUUCCUCGCCACGCGGCAGGCCAGCGUGUAUGGCCCACUCAUCCAGCACCUCGUCUUCUCCUGGGGCGACGUCGACCGUGCUGACGGACUGUGCGGGGAGGUGUACAUGGACGAGCACAACCAGGACCAUGGUCUGUUUGGGAGGAAACAGGACUGGCUCUUCCAGGACAGACGGGCGCUCAUCAUGAGGACCGAGGUGGCCGAGGAGAGGGUCAACCACCCCGACAUGACCGACGACGAGCUCUUUGACUAUCUGUGGCCAUCGGAGGAGGAGGAGGACAGCGAGUGGCGCAUCACAAAAGGCCCCGACGGGUGGGGCGAUGUGCCGGGCUUCUCGAGCCCGAAAGACGUUGCAGCUGGGUUGGUGCGCGUUUCGUCGUGCGCAGGCAACGUCCGUAUGCUCGACUACAACGAGCGCUACAUCCCCGUGCCCCCGUCAUUCCUGUCGAACCUGGACAAGCUGGACAAGAUCACAUUGUAUUCCGAUAACAACCACCAGGACGGCCGAGACAGCGCGCUGGACGAGCUGCCAAAGAGCGUGCAGCACAUGGACAUCAUGUACAUCUUUCGUGCAGGCCCACCAGAGCGCUCAGGGAAGAGACGACGAGCAGCGCCGUUCCUGUCUUUGCAAAGGCAAGGACUGGGCCUCGCAUACAAAGAUGUCAAGGACGACGAUGUAGACGAGCCAGAGCGGAGACUGAGGCUGACGUGUGCGGCCAUCAUCAAGGGGCUGACGCAGGGCUCACUGCGAUCAGUGAAGCUGUGGGACCACGAGCUGCUGCGUGUGGCAGAGAUGCUGCCGUGCUGGUUGGCGGUGGACUUGCAGACGGAUGAAGCGGGCGAUGCUGCGCCAGGAUGGGCAUUCGAGGUGCGCAACGUUCUGAGCCUGAGUGGACAGAAGACAAAUGCCGUCCUUGACGCCGUCGUCGAGCUCAAGCGCGUCCUGGCCGGCUGCGAGUCAGGCAAAGAGGUGCAGAAACGGUCACGAGAGAAGGCCGAGGCUGCUGCAAGCAACGAUGGAAUUCUGGAUGCAGCGACACUUGCCAGCUGGCUAGCCGACGACGAAGCACUCAGCCAUGCAGUCUAUCAAGGCAUGCAGUGGGCAAUUACGCGGCAGUGAAAAUUGCCUGCCUCUGGACAUACUUUGCAAUUUGAUACAAGUUUAGAA